CGUUUUAUAUCGAACAAAGCCAGACUCGCCCACCUGUAGCCCGCUGCGUUACGUUAGCUUCGCAUACCUACGAACAUACCUUCAUGUUCUCUCAGUCCGAGUUUUCCUACAAAUUAUACCGGUUUUCUAUUGCCUCGCGCUUUGGCUUAAAAACACACAUUUUAAAACUUAAAUCGUUACGUUUACAAGUUUAUCGGGAGCGUACGUGUAAUUCGGCGUGUUUUCAAAACGACAUAGAUGUCUUCUUAAUAUGAAAAAUGUACAUCUUCCUUGGGGAGGUUCAGCCGCUUCCUCGCACUUCCUGGGUAUUUUCCCACACAGACUGAGCCUGACAUCACACUGGAAGGUUGAUAAAAGUUGAUUUCGCUUUCGUCGACGGAUUAUAUGUCGGCCGAACUGAAGAACAGCUCGGUACCAAGCUUCCCUGCGCCACUUCACCGCAAACUGGGUAAAAGAUGAGCUUCUCCCGGAAGAGAGACGUAGAUCUCACGGCCGCCUACGAUCGCAGUUUGGAGCGCCAAAUCGUGGAACAGGGCUCGAGCCUGCCGUGCAGAGAUGAGGAGCUGUGGAGAAAGGUGGAGGGACUUAUGAAGGAGGGAAAUGCUCAGGAGAUCCACUGCCUGGGUGUGGAUCCACUGAGGGUGAUGGAGGAGUCGCUCAAGGCAGUCACAGCAGCAGGAUGGAGCAGACAAGUUGGAACCAGAGGAGGCCUGCAAGGCCUGGCCAAAGCCUUUGAGGUGCUGGAGCAAGCAGCCUUGAACCUGUACCUGGGUCCCUGGAGGAAGGAGUACACUGUAAUCCAGAUGUACUCCGGCACGUUCACGCACUACAUCACCCCGGUGCUGUCGACGGCUCAGAUCGAGAACCUGUUCAACCUGUUGGGCUACGAGCUCAGUGCGUCAUCAUCUGAGCAGCUCCAUCUCCAGACGCACAGAGUGAACUCCACUUCUUCGGAUACCCUCCUUUGUUUGUCUUGUGCCUUCUUCCUGGCCCGCUGCGAGUGCCACUUUCUUACAACAGCGCUGGGGAAGCACUGCGGUGACACCCAGUGGGAGCUGAGCGCAGUGAUGGAGAGGCAGCGAGGAAACGGCCUGCAGGUUGCUGUGGAGAACACCAAGAAGAUGCUGGAGGUUGGCGAGGCCCUAAUGGAGCAGCCCGAUGGAGACGUGGAUCUGUACACCGAUCCGGUUAAUGAAGGGGACCCGCAGAUGGUUGUCAACAAGGAAGAGAGUCCCUGCUCAUUCAUCUGGACGACAGCGGACAACGUAUCACCCACCACUGUCAAAACACACAGCAACGGAACAACAGCAUCAUUCCCACUGCGAGAGCCGCUCACCGGCAGAAACUCCGCGGACAGCAAGAGGCCAAGCUGGCGUACCCCUGGUGCUACGAGGCUGGGUGAAACAAACUCUGAGCCUCAAAGUCUGCAGGUAGAUCCAAUCGAGGCUCUGAAGAGCGAGGAUGGCGACCACAACCUCUGCAGGUGCGUCCAGAACUCAGAUUCUUGUUCUUACUGCUCUGAAUGCAAAACCCUGCACGAUGAGACCUGUGCAGUCCUUAAGAUUUGCAGAAAGAAUCUCCACAACGUGAAACAAGUGAAGAAAAUGCAGAGUGGAGGCCUCAGAUCACCCACUCUCACUGGCAGCAGUGCAGCAGUGAGCUCCUUACCUCUGAGUGAAGACCCCGCAUCAAUAAUUGCACUCCCUCCUGCCAUCGCCUACCACGAAUGCUGCGAUCUCAACAAUCCAGACCCUCAGAUCCUGUGCCACAAGUGCAGAGUCUUCCACUUGAAAUCCUGCAACAUGGCGAAAUCCUGCCUGUCACUCCAUCGCAGCACACAGCUGGGAAAGUGCUCCUCCUGUAAAAAGUGGUGCUCCAGAAAGCCUCUGGUCCUGUGCAGAUACUGUGGAAACGAAUAUUGUAGUGGCUGUUGGUUCAGAAAUCCGCUUGCAUGCAGCUGCGGCCAAACAUUUGACCAGUCAACAUCUGUGUGAUAAAGGUCUGAAAAGCUUUGCACUUACGAGAUGCAUUUAGCAAAAGUUACAGUGACUUAAAUCUGCGUACUGGAACUGAAAACGCUGCCUUGAAGUUCUGCCAUUGUGCCAUUUAUUUGAUAUUUGCAUGUAACAGCCUCUGUGUGGUGUGGUUUUGCGCUCGCAGGUCGCUUUGCGGUAACUCAUGACGCAAAAGCAAGUGUUUUAUGUUUGUGUCCUGCAGCAGACUGCAGUAAAAGGGUCAAUGUGCCAUUAAAGUGUAUGUGUGGUAAACGUGUGUAACAUGGGAUGAAUUGGCGUGAUCACCGUGGUGUGGUGGGUAUGAUUUAAUAUAAAAUCAGUCACAGCAUUUAAAAUGUAAUUGCUUCAUAACUAACACUAAGAACCUUCAUUUUUCUGUAUUAGAGAAGUUUUCAAAUAUUGCUUUUUGGCAGGUUAUGUGGCUUUCCUCUUUUUUUUCUUUUCUUUUGUUGUAAUUUGCUGUGAAAGGUAAAAACAGCUGAAACUAACAUUUGUUGUAACUAUGAAAUUAUUUUCUCGAGUAAUCAUUUGGCCGAGUGCUGAAAUCUGCUUGUUUUUGCCUUUAAGGUGACUUCACUGUUGUCUAAAGCACAUUUUCUGAAAUGUCAGUGGCAGCUGGAAGCUUUGUUUUCCUAGCUUUUCCACUGUCGCCUUAAUGCAACAUCUCAGGAACACUUUAAGGGAGUCUUUCCACGUUUAGGACAAACAUUUGUUUACACCAAAUGAUUUGUCAAACUGCAUUGUACUCUGCUAAUGCUGCAAUGUAGCCUGACAUGCACCCUUCCCAGAAAUGUAGCUGCACGGCACAGCAGCGCCGACGCGUCUGUGUGAUAUUCAUACACGGUGCAAAAACAAAAGGAUAACACUUCUUUCUGUAAAAACCUUUUGUAACCACCCGGUCAGCCUUCUACCAGAAACUUUUCCUGCAGUAAUUCACUGAGCGUUAUGUUUACUUCUGUUUGAAAUGAAUUUGUGUUGCUGUCUUUAAAGACGUCUUGUAACUAAUCCGAGUCUGUUUUUUAUAACCAUUCCUGCUGUUGUACUGUGACAGAUGCUGCGUUAGCACAUAGUUACUAAUGUUAGAAUAUCUCAUGAUGACUGAGGGCAGAUUGGACUUUGCAUCAUCUCGUGGUUCAAAGUGAUAUUAUAUCUAUUUGUUAUUGGGGUUUUUUGGAACCAAAAAUGUUCAUAUUUGGACAAAGAUCACAGUAGCCAGAGCUUGGUGCUGCUUCGUCCUUUUUCAGGUGCUCAAGCACUCCCAAAUGUCUUCACAGCACACUUAAACUAUAGAUAUAGUUGUAAUGUUUU